UCCCCCGUGUAAGCGUGAGGUGGAGGAGGACAUUCCAGAAGAUGUCACCACAGAAAAUCCCAGUAUGAAUUCUGAAGGAAACUUCAUGUUAUCACUGAAUUAUAACGUAGAAGAUGAAGAUAUCAUUCCGCACUCUUCAGGAGAAAACCUCUUUACCCUUAGUGUAUAUCCGGGACUUCAUAGUACAGAUCUAUUAUAUAAUCCCCCUAAUCACAAGGAACCAUCUCAUGACCGAUCAAAGAUUGUUCCGACGAGUAGAGGUCAGAAAGGAGGUAAAAAAUUUAAAUCCGGUAAAGAAUUCACAAAAAGAUCAAGUCUUUCUACACAGAGAAAUCACACAGGGGAGCAUCCAUACACCUGUUCACAAUGUGGGAAAUGUUUAAAAAAAAAAUCAUAUCUUGUUAUACAUGAAAGAAUUCACACAGGAGAAAAACCGUAUUCAUGUUCAGAAUGUGGGAAAUGUUUUACAGACAAAUCAAGUCUUAUUUGCCAUGAGAGAAUUCACACAGGAGAGAAGCCGUAUUCAUGUUCAGAAUGUGGGAGAUGUUUUAAUAAAAAAUCACACCUUGUUAAACAUGAGAGAAUUCACACAGGAGAGAAGCCGUUCUCGUGUACAGAAUGUGGGAAAUGUUUUAGAGAGAAAUCGAGUUUUAUUAGACAUGGAAGAAUUCACACAGGAGAGAAGCCGUAUUCAUGUUCAGAAUGUGGGAAAGGUUUUAUACAAAAAUCUGAUCUUGUUAAACAUGAAAGAAUUCACAGAAGAUGGAUGUAGAGAUGAGCAAAUAUACAGAAAUUUGUUUUGGGUCAGAUUCGAACAAAUCAGUCAGCAGAUUAGAUUCGGGUACAGAUAAAUUCAACUCAAAUCUAAAGUGCUCAGCUUGCCCUGGCAAAUAGUGGAUGACUAGAGUUGAGUGAACUUCUAUUUUCAAGUU